AUGUUAUCGGAUGCCGAUAAGCGGAGACAAAUCAGCGUGCGAGGGGUUGCACAGGUUGAAAACGUUGCUAACUUGAAAGCUGCCUUCAAUAGGCAUUUGCAUUUUGAUGUUGUGAAGGAUAGAAAUAUUGCUACACCUCGGGAUUUCUACCACGCACUGGCACGUACGGUAUGGGAUCACUUAUGCUCACGUUGGAUUCGAACACAACAGUUUUACCAUCGAGAAGAUCCCAAGCGUAUUUACUACUUAUCACUCGAGUUUUACAUGGGGCGUACACUCACCAACACAAUGCUCAAUGUGGACAUAGCGGCAGCAAUCGAUGAGGCUCUCUACCAGUUGGGGCUGGAUAUCGAAGAUCUGGAAGAGGUUGAAUCGGACGCGGGUUUGGGGAACGGUGGUCUGGGUCGACUGGCCUCUUGUUUCCUCGAUUCUAUGGCUACAUUGGGUUUGGCUGCCUACGGUUAUGGCAUCCGAUAUGACUACGGCAUUUUCGAACAAAUCAUUCGAGAUGGUUGGCAGGUGGAAGAACCGGACGAGUGGCUGCGUUACGGAAACCCAUGGGAAAAAGGUCGCCCGGAAUAUUGUUACCCGGUCAAUUUUUAUGGUCAUGUGGAAGAUGCCGGAAACGGUCGGAAACGCUGGGUUGACGCGCAUACCGUAUUUGCAAUGCCCUAUGAUACACCGGUCCCGGGUUACCGGAACAACACGUGCAACACACUACGUCUCUGGUCUGCCAAAGCACCCAAAGGAUUUGAUUUGAGCAUCUUCAAUACGGGUGAUUAUAUUAAUGCUGUUUGCGGACGGAAUCACGCGGAGAAUAUAUCUCGUGUAUUGUAUCCGAACGACAACUUUUUCGUAGGUAAAGAGCUACGUCUGCGCCAGGAAUACUUCCUUGUAGCUGCUACCCUCCAGGAUGUCAUUCGUCGCUAUCGAAGCGGUGGAAUUCCGCACUCGACUUUCAACGAAUUUCCCGAUAAAGUAGCCCUGCAACUGAAUGACACUCACCCGUCCUUGGCUAUUCCGGAACUAAUGCGCAUCUUGGUUGAUUUGGAAGGUUUGGAUUGGAAAACGAUCGUCCGCAAACGAUGGCCGAACGAUGAUGACCGAGUGCGUCGUAUGUCCCUGGUGGAAGAAGAGGGAGAGAAGCGUAUUAAUAUGGCUUAUCUGUGUAUUGUGGGCUCGCACGCGGUCAAUGGCGUGGCGGCGAUCCACUCGCAUCUUCUAAAAACUCAAACCUUCAAAGACUUUGCCGAACUAUGGCCGGACAAAUUUCAGAAUAAGACCAAUGGGAUCACUCCGCGUCGCUGGUUGUUGCUGUGCAACCCAAAUCUUUCGGAUCUGAUCAUGGAAAAGAUGCAAGGCAGUGACGGUUGGAUCACCAAUCUGUCCGAGAUUGCCCAGUUGAAGGCAUUGGCUAAUGAUGUGGCAUUCUUACGCAAUUUGAUGCGCAUCAAACGGGACAACAAAGCGAAAUUUGCAGCCUAUAUGGAACAGAACUACAAUGUUCAUCUGAAUACGGCUUCGAUGUUCGACAUUCAAGUCAAACGAAUUCACGAAUACAAACGUCAGCUGUUGAACUGUUUGCACGUGAUCACUCUGUACAAUCGGAUCAAGGCGAAUCCGAAUGUGGAAAUCGUUCCGCGCACAGUGAUGAUUGGGGGCAAAGCAGCACCGGGCUAUCAUAUGGCCAAAUUGAUUAUCAAACUGAUCAAUUCGGUUGGCAAAGUGGUCAACAAUGAUCCCGUGGUCCGAGGUCGUUUGAAGCUCGUUUUCCUGGAGAACUACCGCGUCUCUCUAGCGGAGAAGAUAUUCCCUGCGUCGGAGCUCUCAGAACAAAUUUCCACUGCCGGUACAGAAGCGUCCGGCACAGGAAACAUGAAGUUCAUGGUAAUUUUGUUCCUUCUGAUUCGCUUGUCAUGCAAACCUGGUUACUUUUUCCUGUUAUCAUGA